AUGAGCGCGAAAGAAUUAAAGUUUGAUUAUGCAAGCUCAAGUAGAGCUGGAUGCAAAGGAUGUAAAAUGAAAAUUUAAAAAAAUGAGCUUAGAAUAGGAUUAGAAACUCUCUUUUAAGGUGAGCAUACAACGACUUCAUGGAGACAUUUAGAAUGCUUUAGUCUUGGUAGAAAAUAUAAAGAUAUUGAUCCUAAAGAAAUUGAAGGUUAUUAUGAUUUAAAAAAGGAAGAUAAAGCUAGGGUAAUAGAUUACUUUGAAGGAGGUGGUCAAAAAAAAUCUGUAGUUGAUAAACUGAUAUCUACAAUAACAGAUUCAGAAAAGAAAAAAAAAUAAGACGAUGAUGGUGAUGACAAUCAAGUUUAUGAUUACGAUGCUGAAUAAUAGAAGAAGAAAAAUUAAUAGUAAAAAGAAAAGAAAAAAAUUACUAAACCUAAAUUAAAAAGAAAGCUAUCAAGUUCUUCAGAAGAGGAAGAUGAUUCGUCUGAUUCAGAAGAUGAUUUUGAUGACUCAGAGACUGAUAACUCAGGUAGUGAUAGUGAUUAUGAAAAAGAAAAAGCUAUCUAAAGAAAAAAUCAACAUAAAAAAUUAGCAAGAAAAAAAAAAUCAAAAGGAAAAAGUAAAAGCAGCACUGAAAUAAAUAUUGGUUACACUCCUGAAUAGUUACUUAAAUUCAAAGAAAAUUUAAAAUUAUAUGAAAAAAAAACUGCAGAAUACUUAAAGGCUUUAUUAGGAAUUAACAAUUAGCCUAAAACUGGUACAAAGGAUGAAUUAGUUUUGAAAUGCGCAGAUGGUAAAACACUUGGACAAAUUCCAAUAUGUUCUGAGUGUGGUGGAGGGAAAUUAAGGUAUGAUAUAUAAACUGGUAUUUACAAAUGUCCUGGAUAUAUGGAUGAUGAUGUUUUUUAGCAUUGUGGUAAAAAAUUUACAAAUGAAUAAAUUGUCAGAUUACCUUGGAUUGAUGAUAUUAUUUGA